CCCAGAUCUGCAGGCGGGAUGACAAAAGGCUGCUGCUGCUGGCAAGUGACACCUGUUUUGCUUUUAGCAGGUUGAGGUGCAGUUUCCUAGAAACCCCUGCACCUUUCUCCUUGAAACUUGGCAGACUUCAUGCCUUCAGAAGGGGCUAUCAUUCCUGCAAUGUUGAUCUGAAUCAGGCAAGAAAUGACAAAGUUAUAGGCAUUUUCAUGAUUCUCCAUUAUAGCCUAUGGGUGAAACGUCGAAACUCAUCAAAAUAGCAAAAUAGUUGCAACAAAACGAAACAGAACAGUGCUUCAAAAUUAAAUGAAACAACAAAAUGAAACACUGUCCCUUCGAAACAGCGAAACAGAAGUCCAAACGAAACAGUGCUGUUUUGCACAGCCAUACUGGAUAGCCAUGUGGUCAGAGCAGGGCACUUCUCUGCUUGUGCAGUCUUUAGCUGCCCAGUCAGUGAUCUUUGCACCCCAAAUUGUAGGUGUCAAAUCCAUGUUGCUGCUGCUGGAGCACUGUUGAUGUGGAAUUUUUGUGAUUUAGGCACCAAAACUCUGUGUUCAUCUUACCUGCACUUUACCAGUCAAUCUGGCCCCAUAUCUUCAGGGAUGAUGUGCAUUUGCAAAAAUUCACUGACUUCAGUGAAGCUUUGACUUAAGUGAAGCUAUAGAGACUCACCCAAAAGUGGAGACUCCAUAUAAAGCUAGGAAUGGUAUCCCCACAAUGGGGAUACUUUUGUAAGGAGAGGCCUCAAGCUAUAUAAAGAACAUGUACCAACAAAAAAUAAUGGGGCUUUCAUGUCGACAUUAAUCACAGGAGCUGCUCAGAGCGUGAGAUUAUGUUUUGUUCAUGUCUCCUAACCUGCUGUUUAUUUAUCAAAUGAAUCAUUUUACCAUGAAUGACAGGAGCUUUUAUACAAAUGCAAACAUUGUUGAAAGUAAGAAAAAAGAUGUAGGCGGGGAUUUAGUAAAGCAAAUUCACUUCAGGGAAAACAGAGCCAAUAUAAAUUGAGCGUGGAAAGAGAGAUGCAGACCAGAGGCAGAAAGGAGGUGAACAUGGCUGGGCCAAAUGUCUACAGCGUGCUGGUGACAGGAAGCAAUCGGGGAAUUGGUCUGGAGCUGGUCAAGCAUUUUGUCAGGAAGCCAAACCCACCAGAUGUGAUCUUUGCAACUUGCCGGGACCCAGCGGGAGCACAGGCAGAGGAACUGAAGAAGAUGGCUUCCAAACAUUCAAAGGUGAUAAUGCUACAGCUAGAGGCUACGGACCCAGCGAGUGUAGAGGCUGCUGCAAAGAAAGCUGAAGCCCAUCUGAAAGGCUCAGGUCUGAACCUGCUGAUAAAUAAUGCAGGUGUUAUGCCACAAUCUACUCUUGCAUCUGCGACUCCUGAUGACAUGAUGAGUGUGUAUAACACAAAUGUUGUUGGGCCGUUGUUAGUGACCCAGGCAUUCCUGCCAUUGCUGAAGAAGGCUGCCCAGGGAAGCAGCCACAAACCACUGAGCUGCAGCAAGGCAGCUCUGAUUAAUAUGUCCACAAUUCUGGGAUCCAUGGAGAAAACUCCUGAGACCUAUUCCUGGUUCCCAGUUGUCUCCUACCGCUGCAGUAAGGCUGCUCUGAACAUGCUCACUAAGUGCCAGUCUCUGGAGUAUAAGCAAGAUGGGAUCCUGUGCACUGCAAUCCACCCUGGCUGGGUGAAAACAGACCUGGGAGGUUCUGAGGCAGACUUGACAGUCGAUGAGAGUGUGAAUGGGAUUAUGAAGGUGUUAUGCAACCUGUCUGAAAAACACCAUGGGAUCCUACUGAACUGGGAAGGAAAGACUGUGCCCUGGUGAGAGCCCAGCAAGAAGAUGAAGAAAGGAGUACAAGAGCAGCCUGCAGGAACCAUGCCAGCACCAAGCUCAGUGCAUAUAUGAUCAAUGUUUGAAUAAAAAUAUCUGCUGAUCUAAAGUCAGUUGUAACAGGGGA